ACCGCGUAAGUUCCCGGUACGUACGUAAGGAACCACCAUGGGCACCAGCAGUUCUCUCCUGCGUAGCCGCGAGUCGUUGGAAGAGCUGACGGAUGGCGUGUACCUCGACGGGAACCUGGACAUCCCGAACGAGGUGAAGCCUCGCCACGCGCUGCUGCGGUCCGUGGGGUCGUUCGGCCGGCGGAUGAAGGGCGCCAGCUUCCGGUCCAACGCGUCGGUGGAUCUGGUGGAGAACCCGGAGGCAGAGCGCAUCAGGAAGGAGUACGAGAUGUUCCGCCUCAGCAAGCAGAACGAGUUCCAGGACAUGCAGAAGAAGAUGGAGAAACUGGAGAACGAGAACAAGCGGUUGCGAGGAGAACUACAGGCGCUGCAGAAGACGGUGUCCAAGUUGCGGAAUGAGCGAGACGCUGCCCUGAACAGGGAGUACCAGGCGCUGGAGAGGGCCGCCACGUUUGAAAACGACCGAGAUAAAGUACAGAGACAGUUCAAGAUUUUCCGUGAGACCAAAGAGAGUGAGCUGCAGGACCUGUUGCAGGCCAAACGUGACCUUGAGAACAGGGUAGUGAAGGUCGCUGCAGAUGACGGCACACAUGUCAUAUCUGAUAACAUGUCAGAUAACCUGUCGUACAGUGGCACAGUGGACGGAGGCUUACUGGGUAACCCCGGUGACUGGGGCACAGCUCUGGGAAGUGAGCCGUCCUUGGGCAGCACUGUCCAGAUGCACCUGGCGGUCAAAGGGCCGGAACUGGCCACUAGUCUCAUCGACCUGGACGGACCAUUCACCAACAUCAACAAAGAUGACUGGACGGCAGCAGUGUCCAGUCUGUCACAGAUCACCCCCCUCCUGGCUCAGACCCUCCCCAGCUGCGUCUUUAAGAUUUUCAUCUCAGCUCCUCCAGACAUGUGUGAGGAGGUCCAGAUUCUGUACAAGAAUCACCUACCUUCUCUGCAAUACAAAUGUGCGUGUGAUGGCAGAGUCUUAGUGACGGUGCAUUUUACAGAAGAGCCAUGGCAUGAAGAGAACCCACAGACACUAUGGAGACUCCAAAAUGCCAGAAAAAAGCAGCUUCAGGGCUGCAGCCUGUUUCUAGGUUUACUAGCGGGACAAGUAGACAGAUAUACAGUUGAAGACUUUGAAACAAGCCACCUGUCCAACCCUGGGUCUCGACCUGCUCUGUUCUGCUUCAGGGACACACCAGGAACAGGUGGCAAACCUGGCUCCCCUGCAGAAGAGGCAGUUAAGUUGAAGAAGAGAGUGAGAGACAGUGUGCCAUGUAAGAUCAUAGAUGACUACACUGAACCACAUGUAGGUGCCAAGAAUCUGUUUGAUGAGAUUGCCAAAAUUGUCCAAAUGGAGCUGGGUGUUGGAGAGACAGAGGAGGGAGAGAAUGGUGAUGAGAAGGAAGAUGAGGCCAGUUGCUUCACCUGGCUGGACCCUGACGGCAACUAUGAACAGAUGGAGCUCUUCAACAGUCUUACCUCUACCUGUGCAGACAUCGGCUUCAAAAAGUACUACAAACAGUUGGAUGAGUUAGUGUCUGCACCAGGUCCGAUGCCUCCACUGCUUCUGAUGGGCACAAUCGGUGCAGGCAAGUCAAGCCUCCUGGCACAGUGGAUAAAGCAGCUGCAGCAGCGCAGCCCGCCCUGCCUGGUGUUGUACCACUUUGUUGGGUACCAAUCCUCCUCCAGCGCUGAUGCUGUACACAUGAUCAGGUCCUUCACAGCUCAGCUGAUGCAGCAUGUGAUGACCCCGCCCCACCUGCCCAGUGACCCCAGCCUGUUACUGGACGAGUUUCUCCGCUGGCUGGAGAAGGUGUCGUCCAAACAGCCUGGCGGCCUGGUGCUGGUCAUCGACUCCAUGGACAAGUUCCAGCAUGCAGAGUCCCACACCAAGUUCCUUUUAGACCCCUUACCUGUGGACACAAGAGUCGUGGUGUCAGUCACUGAGCAAACCUGCCCUCAGGCAUGGAGAUCAUGGCCGACCGUAGUUUUGGAGCCUCUGAACCCAGGAGACAUCAAACAGGUGAUCCAGACCCGCUGGACAACUCCAGAUUUCUCACUUACUGGAUCACAGGAGGCCAGAUUUCUGGCUCACUGCCAUAUCCCAGCAUGCUGUAGUCCCCUGUAUGUCAACACAUUCCUCAACCAGCUCAUGAGUUGUAAGGAUGAAGACACGAUGUCAGAAGUGCUUGAGGAGUGUUUGAAGACGCCCAGCGUGUCGGAGCUCUACCUUCACAUCCUGCAGACACUCGAGGACGAGUGUCCUGGUCACCACCACAAGUCCCUCUUCGGAAAGGUGAUGCUGGCGUUACGAGCCUGUAGGAACGGCCUGUCCGAGCCUGAGUUGAUGGCUGUUGUGCCUGAGCUGACCUGGUCGGUGUGGUCCCUUCUGUGGGACAUGCUGAGUGAGGGAGGGGUGCUCUGCUGCAAGUCUGGGCUCAUAACGUUUACAAACCAGGAGGCACAAGAUGCUGUGGACAGAAAAUUCCUGAGCAGCAGCAAGGACCUGAAACAGACUCGACAAAAACUGGUGGAUUACUUUUCCACUUUCAUCAGACCUGUGCAGACCUGGUGGAGGGCUGUAGACGAGGCCCCGUGGCUGCUGCAGGUUUUAGGGGAUGUACAACAUCUCCACGCCAUCGUGGUCAACCUGAGUGUCUUCCAGAACCUCUAUAUAAGGGGGCGCUGUGCAGAGUUGCUGGCGUACUGGCAGUAUGUGGGAGUGGAGAAAAGUGCCAUGGCUACAGAGUACAUGAACGCACUCAAGAUGCUGGAAGAUGGUAUGAGUGACGUAACGUCCUCCAAACUAGCCAGCCUGUACGAGCUCCUCGGCAAAUUCCUGAAAGACCUGAGCCUCCUGACUCAGGCGGUGCCUCCCCUCCAGAGAGCUCUGGAGCUGAGAGAAACCAGCCUGGACCCCGACCACCCCAGUGUGGCCAGCGCCCUGCACCACCUGGCCGGUUUGUACGCACACUGGGGGAAGUUCAACACUGCGGAGGCCUUGUACAAGCAGGCUAUUGACAUCUACCAGAACGCAUUUGGCAGUAACCACCAUCAGGUGGCCAGAGAGUUGGAGGCUCUUGCCUUGCUGUACCAGCGACAGAACAAGUUUGAUGUAGCUGAACCACUUCACAAGCGAGCUGUCACCAUCAGGAAGAGAUCUCCAGAAAACUCCCGGCUAAGAUCUGCUGGACUGGAGUUUCUGAGGAAAAGAGCAGUUCACCUGGAGGAGCUGUCCUUGGGUCCUGACUCCCCGGCCUUGGCUCGGUCUCUCAAUGAGCUAGGAGUGCUGUUCUACCUACAGGGUUACUUGGGAACGGCUGAGAAGUUGUUGCAGCACUCCCUCUCCAUGCGGGAGUCCGUUCUGGAUGCCUCCCACCCCGACUGUGCACAGUCCCUGCACAACCUGGCCUCUCUGUACGUCGAGAAGAAAGAGUACGCCAAAGCGGAGCCGCUGUACGAGAGAGCGCUGGAGUUACGCCAACAGGCCUUCCCGGCAGACCACCCUGCGGUGGCAUCGACUGUCCGCCAUCUUGCUGCAGUCUACAAGAAACAGAACAACUUUGAUAAAGCUGAGCCUCUGUACAGACAAGCCCUGGCUAUGAGAGAGAAAGUGUUUGGAGACAGCCAUCCUAGUGUUGCCACUGCCCUGGUCAACUUGGCAGUGUUACAGUCUAAUCAGGGAAGACAUUCUGACGCGUUACCGCUGUACGAGAAAGCGUUGCAGAUCUACGAGGACAACUUCGGCCCGAACAACCCACGUGUUGCAGAAACCCUGCGGAACCUGGCCGUGCUGCACUACGACCUGAAGAACUACGAAACCGCCGCCAACCUGUACAAGCGGGCCACGGAGAUUCGAGACCCCGACCACCCCUUCCAGCCCUCACGAGAGAUGCUGUCCAGACGCUCGUCCAGCGUCGUCUCGGAAAACUUUCUGCACAACGGUCUGAACGUCCAGCUAGCCAGACUGCUGCCAGAACAGAGAUAGCAGUUAUUGCUGUAGAUCUGUGAAAAUACAUUGCAAGAGGCUGCUUGAAGUCAUCAGACAUUAACUAUACUAGAGCAUUCCACAUUUACCAGUCUAGACUAGAGUAUAUCAGGCUAUGCAUUAGUAGGCCAUGCAAUACAGUAA